UACGUUUUGAUGACAUUUGUUUGUGUAAGUCAAAAACACUGGACACGCACUGGAUGGUGUAUUUUUGGAAAACAACUAGCAGACCUCGCAACAGACUGAAGACCAACGUAUCGUGAUAGACAUGCCCGCGUGCAUAAAUCCAACUCUGAUCAAUAUUGGACUUUAAGCAAAGACGAAAAGCAUCCACCAUCAGCAGAUGGACGGACCAAGCCCGGAACAAAACAAACCGUUUCACCCCGGGACUGCAUGAGUGGCUGAAUCAUUCACCUGCUAACCAGCCAUCAGACAGUUAGCUAUGUUAGGUUGUAACGGUAACUAACAUUGUUUAGUUAAUCUGCCGAACAUUCGUGUACUUACUGCCAACCAGUAUUUUUCAUGUUACCAUGGUAGUGUAGGGUUACACAAGCGUUGUCCAUCAGACUAGCAAGUUAGCAAGCUAAUGUUAGCAGUAGCCAACGUUAGCAUUAUUUGAACUUGCUUGAAAUUGCUUGACCUGCUGAGUAGCUAGCUACAGAAUGUAGCGGAGGUUACGAGACUUUAUUCGUGUUAAACAGUGUUUACUACAAGAAGCUUGUCAGUUGGGGAUGACCUUAAGAAUGUGAAGCACAAUGGCCAACUUUGAAGCUUACCAGCAGUAUCAGAGAAUUGAGGACUUUGAGGAGGACUCACCACCAGGGGAGGAGGAUUUACUGGUGCAUGUGCCUGAAGGCCUGAAAGACUCAUGGCACCAUAUCAAGAACCUGGAUAACUUCUUCAAAAGGAUCUAUCAUUUCCAUCAAAAGAAUGGCUUCGCUUGCAUGAUGAUGUCAGAGUUCUUUGAACUUGUUCAGUUGUUGUUUGUUGUUACGUUCACCACGUUCCUCGUCAACUGUGUGGAGUAUGACAUCCUGUUUGCCAAUCGAGCGGUCAACCACACUGGGCCGGGCCAGAACCCCUUGGACAGGAACAAGGUCACUCUUCCAGAUGCCAUCCUGCCUAGUCAGCAGUGUACUCAGAGGAUUCAAGAGAACAGUUGGAUUAUAUUCCUUCUCAUCAUGGCAGCCAUCUUCUGGAUUUAUCGACUUGUUAAAGUAUUUUGCAAUGUUUUGAGCUACUGGGAGAUCAGACAGUUCUACAUCAAAGCCCUGAAGAUCAGAAUGGAUGAACUUUGCAACUUCACAUGGCAGGAAGUCCAGGACCGCCUCAUCAGCCUGCAACGAGAACAGCAAAUGUGCAUACACAAGAAAGAGCUGACAGAACUUGACAUCUAUCACCGCAUCCUUCGAUUCAAGAACUACAUGGUGGCCAUGAUAAACAAAUCACUGCUGCCAGUGCAGCUGCAGCUCCCCCUGCUGGGCAAUGUGGUGUUCCUCACGCAGGGCCUGAAGUACAACUUUGAGCUUAUCCUUUUCUGGGGUCCUGGCUCCCUGUUUCAGAAUAAGUGGAACCUGCACCCCAAGUACAAGCGGAAUGGAAACCGCCUAGAGCUUGCACAGCAGCUUAGUAGAGUCAUCCUGCUGAUGGGUUUGGCCAAUUUGCUGCUAUCUCCCUUCAUUCUGGUGUGGCAGGUGCUCUAUGCUUUCUUUAGCUAUACAGAAGUCAUUCGCAGAGAACCUGGAAGCCUGGGCGCACGACGCUGGUCCCUGUACGGUCGUUUGUACCUGCGGCACUUCAAUGAGCUGGACCAUGAGCUGCAUGGACGUUUAGGCCGUGGCUACAAACCCACUUCCAAAUACAUGAACUCCUUUACAUCACCAGUGCUGACUGUGCUGGCUAAGAACCUUGCCUUCUUCUCAGGCUCAAUUUUGGCCGUGCUCAUUGCACUGACAGUCUAUGAUGAGGAUGUUCUAAUAGUGCAGCACAUUCUGACUGCCAUCACUGUGCUGGGAGUGGUUAUAACUAUCGCCAGGUCCUUCAUCCCAGAUGAGCAUAUGGUGUGGUGUCCAGAACAGCUGCUGCAGUGCAUGCUGGCACACAUUCACUACAUGCCAGACCACUGGAGGGGCAAUGCUAACAAGAGUGAGACCCGUGACGAGGUGGCACAGCUGUUCCAGUACAAAGCAGUGUUCAUAUUGGAGGAGUUGCUCAGUCCCAUUGUCACACCAUUUAUUCUCAUCUUCCACCUGAGGAAUAAGUCUUUAGAGAUCAUUGACUUCUUCAGAAACUUCACUGUGGAGGUGGUUGGAGUUGGAGACAUCUGUUCCUUCGCGCAGAUGGACAUCAGACGCCAUGGAAACCCAACAUGGCUGUCGGAAGGCCAGACGGAGGCCUCCAUAUACCAACAAGCUGAAAAUGGCAAGACGGAGUUGUCUCUUAUGCAUUUCACCAUUAAGAACCCACGCUGGCAGCCGCCUCAAGAGAGCUCAGUGUUCAUCAGCCAUCUGAAAGAAAAAGUGCAGCAUGAUGCACAGGGUGGCCCCUCCACCCAGCUGCUUCUCUCUGAAGCUCCACUCUGCUCCUCAAUGCAGUCCAACGAGUCUGGCACUGUGCCUGAUACUCUGUUGGCCGGUGUCCUGGCUCACUCCAAUCUCACUGCAUCGGGAUUACAAGGGCGGGACCAUCGCUUCAUCCCGCCAAGCACCGCUGCUUCUGCCGCCGCCAGUGUCCUGGCCUCUUUGUCCACCUCCCAGCUCGCACAUACCAGCCGUGGUCGCUCACAUGGCCUCCUGCACUCAUCCGUCCCCCCCGAGAGCACCAUGUACCGGAGCGAUCGCACCAUCAUUGACAGUAUGUCUAUCAGUGACUCUUGCAUCCGGAGCAAUACACUGCACUCAGAGUUUGCCUCAGCAGAAAUGAGUCUCCAUGCCAUCUACAUGCAUGAGCUCCACCAGCAAAGCUCCCACCCACAGAAGACUUCGGGGCAGUGGCAGAACCCAGUGCCAAUGAGAGAUCUACACACAAACACUGGUUUCCAGGCACAUAGUGGCAUUGGCUCCAGCAUUUCAAUGCCCACCACUGUCCACCUUGGUGGCUGGCAAGAGACGGAAGAAGAGGAGAAUGAAGAUGAUCAGGAGAUUAACAGUGGAUCUACUCCAAACCAGGGCACUGGGAGUAGUUGUUAAAGUGCCUUAUGUCAUAAGAUGUUUUAGGUUUUUUUAGGCAUUGAUCUCCUGAAAUUGUGGGAAAGAAUUUUUUAUUUAUUUCUUUCACAACAAAACGGGGUGGUGUUGCUUUUACAAAUCUUUGUUUUGCACAUUAGCAUUUUGUUUGCGUCCUUUUUCCAAAAUACUCACGGAAAUAAUGGAACUGCAUCAUAAGGGCUGGUUUCAGAGUGUGCGCUUUAGGUUUGGAGAUUUUAGGACAGUUUCUCUCAUUUUGGGCUUUGUACUUUCAAAGUAAGAGAAAAGAGAAACAGAACAAAACAUUUUAAGUUCAGUUCAUUUUUAGCUUUAGGUUUAUUUAUGACCUGUUUUACCAGCUACAGUAUAUGUGUAAUAUUUAUUUGAAACAACAAUAUUUAGAUAGUUUUGUAAAAUAAUUUACUUACACAAGAUCUUGUUGUUGAACGAAAUGGCUUGUCCCCCCCACAAAUAUAGUUUAAAAAAGAAGAAACAUUUAUUUUAAAAUUUUGAUAAAGGUUUUGUUUAUGCUAAGAUAAUAUGGCCAGUUGCAUGAAUUUGACUGUGAUUUACACUUAAAAGUUAUUUAGACUAAAUCUGCUUGUUGAUGCAGUGCGCAAAAAUAUAUUUUUACCCAUAAUUAAUUGCAUUCUUCAUAGAAUAUAGUAAUAUAGAUGUCAUCCUCCACAACUGUUAAGACUUCAGAUGGUACAAAUGUGUCUUUGCUCUCUUGCGUGUUCAGAAGCUAUAAAUUACACGUUGCUUGUGAGUGUGUGUGUGGAAGGAAUGAGUUUUGACACCUGCGUAAUUAUGCUAACAUGAACCUCAGAUUUUGCACUGACAGAAAAGAAACUUUUUUUUUUAUGUGUGUGUUUGUGUUUGUGUGUGUGUGUGUGUGAGUGUGUGUGUGUGUGGGUAUAUAUACACUACUUGCAUCAUUUACAUUUAAGGAAGUGGAGAACUCAAAAGGGACACUGAGUGAGUCUCCAUCUGGAAUGACCUCAUCUUGUUGUAUGUGUAGAUAAGCAAAGCAUCGGCAUGUAUUGUAUCGUCGUUGUCUACAGUAGACCCACCUGGAAGCACUGCAGUCAAUCACAUAAGGUCGUUCUUAAAGUGUCAGUAAAAGUCCGCCCUGUAGGGAAUGGUGUGUCUCUGCCACACUGUUAAGUAUGCUCACAUGGUUAUUGUGGUCACGUUCCAUUUGUGCAGUGAGUUUAAGUUGUAGAGACACUGGAGCUUAGCUUUGUGCACGGAGUUGAUUUCCUUUGACUGUCUCCACAUUUAUACCUCACUGUUGUGUUUCUUAUUUUAUUUGAAGCAGUGCCUUAGUAUUAAGGUUUAGUAAUUGCUCUUUAUAGAAGCCAUUUCAUGUAAACCGGUGGAUUUACUUAAACAGUUUUAGCAGCAUACUAUGUACAGUAUUUUUUGGGCAGGUCAUUGUGUAUAGCAUCAAGCAUGGGGAAGUUGGGUAUGUGGCUCGUAAGAUGAAUUGUAAACAGAUUUUUAGAUCUUGUGUCAGCCUGUUGCGUCCGACAGCACACUCCUCACCAUGGUGUAUACAUGUACACUGUCCUCUAUAUCCUAAAGAAGCAGGAGUGUGCCUUGUAAUGGCGGUGUCGUCGCGGCCAACCAUUUCAUCUUACAAUGGUUUCUUAUACACUAUACACCAGUCUAACAAACACAGCAACUGGAACAAGGUGCUAAGUUUUCAUCCUGAAAUGUUGAAUAUGUUUUCAGACAUGUUUAGUUUUUUUUUUUUUUUGUUACAUAGGUUUUCCUGUUUGUUUUGUUCUGUAAAUUAAGAAACACACUAGCUGAAAAAUGAAACAUGCCAAAAGAACUUGUUUUCGGCACAGCUUUACAACACUUGUUUUUUUGUGAGUGAGUAGAGAGGCAAAUAGAUCUUAUUGUGAGUGUAUUUAAUCAUAAGUGUGGUUGAUUAUGCAAUGUUUAUUUGAAAUAAAAAUCUAUUUAAAUUUUCCUUUUUAUUUGUUUUCUCUUCCUGUUGCUAGUUUGCGUUUUCAGCUUGUGAAAUUACAAUGUGAAACCUUUUUGCUACAAGUCUUGGACAUAUCUGACUCAUAUAUUGGUAGUGAUGCUUAUUGUCCUGAACUGAGGAGGAAUCCUAUUGUAUGACAUCUUGGAUUACUGAUCGUGUUUAUUUAGCAAGGUUUAAUGAUGAGCCUGAUACGCUCAGUCUGUGAUGUCCUUAUAUGGUCACAGUACAGAGAUAGAGACAAACACUCUGUACAGUGACUUCAUAAGCUGAAGCAUCCUCAAAGGUGUGUGAGAUUUGAAACUGACUUUGGUGACCUCUAGUGGUAGUAU